CUAAAGUAUAUCAUACUUUAUUGAUUUAUGAAACUAAUCAAGUGUAUACUUUUGAUUGCAGGGUCAUUCUACCUGGAUCAAAUGUCUGAUGAUGAAGAUGACUCAAUAGCUAACAGACCUGGUCCCAGUUCUGGUGGAAUCACAGCCUCACAGUUAGCAGCGGCCUUAGCCUCAGCCACAGGGGUCUCACCAGGGGGAGCCACCAGUCAACCAUUGCCUAACAUCUUACCUGGUGCAAUAACAGCAGAUUUCUUCCAACAAGCCAUCAGACAAGCCCAGGAGUCAACCAAUGAGGGCCCCAUUCUACAGACACAGCUACAGCAGCUGAGAGACAUGGGAAUCACAGAUGAGGCUUUAGCUAGGCGAGCUUUACAGGCCACAGGAGGGGACCUUCAGGCAGCACUUGAUAUGUUGUUUGGGGAUGGAAGUUUUAAUGAUCAGAUAGUAUUAAUGAAAAAAAAUCUUGAUUUUUGUCUUUAAAUGUGAAGUAAAAUUUGCAAGCAAUAUAUUUAUAUGAAUGUGUAUGUUUUUACUUCACAAUAAAUUGUUGUGAACAUAUCUA